AAUAUGACACAGGAAAAACAUCUUUACCAGAAAAAAAAAUAGUAGUCUAGUGGGAAGGUAAAUAAUUUACCUGAGCAUUUCUUUUUCAGGAGGACUGAAUCAAUGGCUUUAUUAUUUGGUGCAAGAACUGUAGUUCCUAUAGAUCUUAAGAAGAAGCCAUGGGAACAGGAACAUCCCCUUCACAACCAGUGGCAUCCCGACAUACCGGCUGUUGCAGAAGUGAAGGUUGGGGAGGUUUUCAGGGUAGAAAUGGUGGACUUUACUGGAGGUGGUAUCAAACAUGAUUCCUCUGCUGAAGACAUCAAGCAUGCUGACCUUUCUGUGGUUCAUUACUUAAGUGGGCCAAUUAAAGUUUCGGAUGUAGAUGGGGUUCGGGCUAAACCAGGUGAUCUUCUCUCAGUGGAAAUAUGCAAUUUGGGUCCUCUGCCUGGGGAUGAAUGGGGAUAUACUGCAACUUUUGACAGAGAAAAUGGGGGUGGAUUUUUGACUGACCAUUUCCCUUCUGCUACUAAGGCUAUUUGGUAUUUUGAAGGGAUUUACGCGUACUCAACUCAUAUACCAGGAGUACGUUUCCCCGGUUUAACCCACCCUGGAAUAAUUGGGACUGCUCCUUCAAAGGAGCUCCUUGAUAUAUGGAAUGAAAGGGAAAGCGAAGUUCAAGAAAACGGUUUGAAGUCUCUAAAGCUGUGUGAAGUUCUGCAUUCAAGACCACUAGCAAACUUGCCAUCACCCAAAGGCUGCCUAUUAGGGAAGAUAGAAAAAGGCACACCAGAAUGGGAAAGAAUUGCGAAAGAGGCAGCAAGAACAAUUCCAGGAAGAGAGAAUGGAGGAAAUUGCUACAUCAAAAAUCUUAGCAAAGGUUCAAAGAUUUACCUGCCAGUGUUUGUAGAAGGAGCUAAUCUUAGCACAGGUGAUAUGCACUUCUCUCAGGGGGAUGGUGAAGUCUCUUUCUGUGGCGCAAUUGAAAUGAGCGGCUUUCUUGAGCUCAAAUGUGACAUUAUAAGAGGUGGAAUGAAGGAGUAUCUCACACCAAUGGGUCCAACUCCUCUGCAUGUAAACCCCAUCUUCGAGAUAGGUCCAAUUGAACCAAGGUUCUCAGAAUGGUUGGUAUUCGAGGGCAUUAGUGUUGAUGAGAGUGGAAGGCAACACUAUCUUGAUGCAAGUGUCGCUUAUAAGCGUGCAGUACUCAAUGCCAUUGAUUACCUCUCCAGAUUUGGUUACUCCAAGGAACAGGUCUAUCUCCUGCUAUCUUGCUGCCCUUGUGAAGGAAGAAUCUCUGGCAUAGUUGACUCCCCAAAUGCUGUUGCCACCCUUGCAAUACCAACAGCCAUCUUUGAUCAGGACAUUCGACCUAAAAGCAGAAGGAUUCCUGUUGGCCCAAGGUUAGUGAGGAAACAAGAUGUGUUGAAAUGCACCUAUGAUGGUAACUUGCCUAUUACAAGGAACCCAGCUGCUUCAACAUGACUAACGCAAGCAGAAAACAUAACUACUCUUGAGCAGGCCCUUUUUCACAGCAGUUAUAGGAUGUUCAAAAGAAAUGAAUGGGCAAAAUUGCACCAUUCAACUUUUUAUUUAAAAAAUCUCAUACUCUCUCUAAGUUAUCAAUUUAAAUAAACAUCAGGAAAGAAAACUAAAUAAUUUCUUUUUGUGAAGCAAAGGGAUGGAAAUGCUACAUUGAUGCUAAUUCCAAAAAAGCAUGACCAAA